AUGCUAAACGGAAAACCAUUCAUUGUACGUCAGAAUCUGCACGACUUUCUACAUGCGGUCUCCACAGAGCAUCAUAUGUCGCACUUCACAAAAGAAAAUUAUUGGAUCGAUGCCUUGUGUAUAAACCAAUUCGACAACUCAGAGAGAAAUUACCAGGUUGCUCAAAUGGGCAAAAUCUACGCCAACGCAUGGCGCGUCCACAUAUGGCUCGGGAAGACGUCGGACGCUGGUCAGAUAGCCGAAGUAUUUGCGAAAGAAUUUGCUCCCUCCUACUACAAUCCCGGCGCAGUUGUUGAUCUGCGGAGAAAGACCGAGCUUGUAACGAGAUAUGUUUUGCAUAAUGACUAUUGGAACCGGGCUUGGGUCAUACAAGAGAUCAUCCUAGCAAACAGCGUCAUCAUAUCACUGGACGCCACAACACUUCCGCUGCGACAUUUCUGCGAAAGAAUACAUCAGAUUCCUGUCUACAUCUGGCAGACACCAUUCGAACAAUUCGAUACGCUCGGAAGUCAUGAUGGGCACGCAGUUCUGCGCGGCAAGAGUCUCCUCUUAUUGUUGCACUGGUUCCGUGACAAACAAUGUUCGAUACCCCAUGAUCGCGUUUUCGCUCUACUAGGAAUUUGCCACGAAUCAGAUAAGCUAGAGGUUGACUACGAGAUGCGCUUGUCAGAUCUGGCAUUCCAUAUUCUCAGACAUCCAAACGAGCUGUGCAUUUGCGUAGCAGCUUUGGUCGCAAGAAGUCUUACACCUGCUCCCAAUCAGAAUGCUGCCGAACCGCAAACUUCUACGCGGCGAUUGAUGUUGUCAUUCGCAGGAGACCAUAUUGGUACAUACUCCUCUGAAUCGAUUCGUUAUUUGCGUCCCCGUUCCGAUACUGUACCCCUAUCGUCUCGAAUACAGUAUGAAUGCUUCCGAUACCUAGUACAGGAGUUUGGGAGACUGUUCCGGCAAAGUUCACUUGGAGAUUACAUACAACAGCGUCAUAUGGGCCCAGUUCCGUUCGUUCACGCAGUGCGCGAGGUCCUGAUGCAAGAGCCGAAUGGGCUACGUUUGAAGAGUGACCCUAACGAUAAGUCAUACCGUUGGUAUGUAGACAGCGAAGGAUGGAGCGUUGGUAUCUGUGACAGGGAUCCCCAAUUCUGUCGUGUGCGCAUUGCCUUUGAUCGGUUGCGAGAUGUAUUCCGUUGGGACGAUGUAUGUAUCUUUCCAAAAAGGAACUUCCUCAAUCUCGAGAAAGCUGGAAACCCCCGCAAGUCACCCCAGCCACCCUUAGAGCCGGCACCUCCUGCAACUUCCAUUUUGGAGGAUAUUGAACGCUUCGAUAAAAACAGCCUGUUUAUGAUGGAAUGGGAGAACUUCGUGGACGAAGGCUGA